AUGGAAAUCACGGAGCUCAAUCUCAUCGGCGAUUUCGAAGCCGGAAUGAAAUGCUUACAGAACCCAUCUUUACUUUCUACAGUUUCUCUAAUCGAUAAAGUUCCUCGGUUUUAUAGUUAUUGGACAUGGGGUGCUUUGAUUCUUGCUGUUUUCGCUACUUUCACUAGUAUUUUCGGCGAUGAUGAUUUAGAUUUUGACUUUUCCGAUGACGACGGCGACGAUGAUACACCGUCUUCCGUGGCAGAGUCCGAUGAUGAAGAAUUGGAUUCAGAGGACGGACAUCCGGAUGAAGUUUUCCGGGCAGAGGGUUCUAGUUUUUGGGGAAACAACAGAGGGUCCGAUGGUAAUUUCACGCUCCGACGGCGUAACGGGUUUUCGUUGUCGGAUUUUUCCGCCGGGAAGAGCGUUGUACAGUUGUGGGAUAGUUUUGGUUUAGGGUUAGAUUUUGAAGACGAUGAAUCUGAAUACGGGAGUGAAAUUGCGAUCUGGGAUUUGGAUCGCGACGUGAAAUUAAGCUCCGGCAGGCGCUGCGAGGUUGCUGCAGUGGCGGACAAUGUUGUCCUGACGGCGGAGAUGAAUGAUAAUAACGGCGAAGUGGGUUUUCGUACGUAUGAUUCUAGGGUGGACGGCAAGUCUCCGGCUAUCUACGCGACGUGGCGCUCACGUCACCGGCAACUAUGGGCGGACGAUGAAAGCGUCACCGGUCAGAAGGAGGAGUGA